UGUCCUUUUACACAGUCCAGACAGCCUUAGCUGGCCUCAUAGUGACACCAUGUACAGCUUUAUGGGAGGGGGCCUCUUCUGUGCCAUCGUGGGGAACAUCUUGCUGGUGGUCUCCACGGCUACAGACUACUGGAUGCAAUACCGCCUGUCUGGCAGCUUUGCCCACCAGGGUCUGUGGAGAUACUGCAUGUCUGGGAAGUGCUACAUGCAGACUGACAGCAUUGCCUACUGGAACGCCACUCGCGCUUUCAUGAUCCUGUCAGCCAUGUCUUGCUUCGCUGGCAUCAUCGCCGGAAUCCUCUCCUUCGCUCACUUCUCUGCUUUUGAGAGGUUCAACCGCUCGUUCGCUGCAGGGAUCAUGUUCUUUGUUUCAACUCUCUUUGUGUUGCUUGCAAUGGCCAUUUACACGGGAGUGACCGUCAACUUUCUGGGCAAGCGUUUUGGAGACUGGCGAUUCUCCUGGUCAUACAUACUUGGCUGGGUGGCACUACUCAUGACCUUCUUUGCAGGUAUUUUCUACAUGUGCGCCUACAGAAUGCAUGAGUGCAGAAGAGUGGCGGGCCCACGUUAAACGGAAGCAGGAAAUAACAUUUUAAAAAACUGAAAAUGAUACUAGCACAAUAAUAAAAAAAGAAAUAUGCAAAUUUAACAUGCUUGUCUCAUGUUUUUACAUAAACAAUUACAGAU